AUGGUCGGUCCAACAACAUCUCUCUCGCAGUUAAAUCGUGCCGAUGGCUCGGCGUCAUACAAAUGCCCCGCUACGGGUUACAAUAUCCUGGGUGCCGUCAAUGCCCCCGUCGAGCUCCCAGGACGCCGUGACGCAUUGAAGCCCGAGGAAGCAACCGUGGAGGUGUUUGUCAAACCUGGUACUACCACUGCUGGUGUCGGAGAGAGAUAUGUCGAAGGAAUCCUGCGCUCUGUGUUGGGCAAGGUGGUUCUGGGCCGCGAGAAAGGAUUCCCUCGUCGUGGUGUUGUCCUCACUCUGGCCAUCGUUGGAGGCGAAAACAUUGAACGCGGUGACUCAUACCUUACCAUCCUCCCAGCUCUUUUGCACGCUGGCUUGCUCGCCAUGAUGUCCGCCUCGGUUCCUCUGUCGAUGACCUUUGCCGCGACUCUUCUCUGUGUAACAAAGUCUGGUGACAUUGUCCGUGACCCCUCCCCGACCGCCGCCAAAGCCGCCGUGUCCCUCCACGUCUUUGCGAUCUCCUCCAAGAGCCACCUUCUCCUCAACGAAAGCGAAGGCCGAUUCGACUUUGACACCUGGGAGCUGGCCCGCCAACACGCUCUCUCCAUCUGUCAGGGUGCCUCUGACAGCUCCGACGGCGAUGUGAGCAUGAGCGAAGGAAAGGACGGCAGCCUAAAUGGUUUCAUCCGGGAGGCAGUGGAGGACCAGAUCUACAGUGACUACGCCUACAAACUUGACUCGAUCUGA